AUGUUAACAUCCAAAAUCAGGAGGAAUCACGAUUUUGUCGUAGAAGAAGAAAGAAGACGUCGAGUGGCUCAAGAAUCUCCACAGAAACCAGGGAAAAAGUGUAAAGUUUGGGAAUGGAUUGAUGAAGAACCUGAGAAUAUGAAGCCUAUUGCAGAAUAUACUAUUUCAGAUGUUGCAGAUUAUCUUAUACAAGUUUUAGAGGAUGUGGCAUCUGUUAGAGAAUAA